AUGUACAAUGAUAAUAAACAGGGCGAAAGUGAAGAAGGCUCGGAAGAAAACUUAGCGCAAAGCGGCAAUUUAUACGGUAGCACCGAGCCGGACUAUUCCGUUUGGAAGCAGAUUGUUCUGCUGCACACGCAAAUCGUUUGGAAAGAUUUCCUCGUCAUAGCCACGGUCUUUGUUAAUUUCCAACUUGUACUCUACGAUAUCUCGUUCAGAGAACGGACGAAAUUUCCAUCACCGAUCAAUGAUUUGAGGACACCAAAACUGGCGAUGGACAUCGUGUACCUUUUUGACGUAUUCAGCGCAAUAAUCUACAGAAAGUGGACAGAUCUGGCUUCAACUUACGGUCAACCGCCAAGGGCGAUCAAGUUUCUCGUAAUCGACGUAAUAUCCGUCCUACCAUUGGACUGGACCCACCGAGUACUCACAAACAGCAAACACCUGCGGGCUACUUAUCUUCUCAGCAUGCCACAUCUCUUGAGAAUAUAUCGCCUGGUCGCUUUUUUUAACUCGACUCGCAAUUCCGUUGGACGAAGAAGAGUCUACAUCAGAGUCGCGGAAUUCCUGGUUCUUCUUUUUUGCAUGACUGCAAUUGCCGUUGCGGUAAUGAUUCACGUGGUUGACAUGAUCAAUCUUGAUCUCCAGUGGCUCGUAAUCGUCAAAGAAAGAUCCUCUCUACCGAGAAGCGAAUUCGAGUGGUUCGUCUUCAGCCACUAUGUAAUGUUGACGCAGAUAACUGGUCACGGUUUGCCUGAAAUUCAACCAGGGAUCUACAGUUUCGCUUUCAUCGUGAUAGUUCUAGUUUCAUUGUGGACCUUGCGCGCUUUCGAAAUCGCGUAUCUGACCGAUCUCAUCAUUCAACGAGACUAUAAUCGUUCACUCUUCAACAAAGAAAUACAGUUGGUCAAGUCUUACCUAGACGAUAUGAAUGCUUCGAAGAACACUAAAAAAAAUCUUGAGAAAUAUUACAAUUAUUUUUGGAAAAAGCAAGGUAGCUCGGAAUUCAAGAUAACGCAAUUCAACAUGUAUCCAUCCAUAUUUCUCAAGGAAUGCGCUCUCGAAAUUGCAUGGAACGCGUACAAACACUCUCACCUAUUCCGGGACCAGCCGAUCCCGUUUCUUCGAAAUCUGGCGAUCCUUUUCGAACGGGAGUAUUACCGUCCGGGUGAAGUGAUAAUGAACAAGUUCGAUCGUAAGAACAAGUUGAUUUACGUUGUCACCGGUGUCGUUCAGCUCUUAUCGGAGGAAGACGACCAGUCACCAGUUUUGAGUUUUUCCGGCGGUACGAUUCUCUGCGAGAGCACCUUGAUAUUGAGUCAGAGAUCAUUGUGUAACGUGGUAGCUUGCACGGAGGUGGAACUUCACGUUCUGCACGCCGAUAAGUUCGUCGAACUCAUGGUGUACAGGUACCGGGAAAUCUACAAGAUAUUGCAGUCUAGGAUACGACACAGAUACUGGAGAGCACUCAGGAUGAUCAGCAUCGGUAAUGCUGUGCAGAAAAACAAGUCGCAUAUCGUCAAUGUGCCGGCAUGCACGGACGUCUCUUGGCUGAAACAGACGCUGACGAUACUGCAGAGUUGGCAGGGUCGCUUGAACCGAAAAGAGAAAAAGGACGUACAGUUUGAAUCCAUAUUCGCCACAACAGAUUUCAGAUAUACUUUCGCUCAUCUGGAUAUGCUCGUCAUAUCAGACGAUAUCGCAACGAAGACGGAACAGGUUUGUUUGAACAACGGACAGUUGCCUUGGAUCUUUUCUCCGCAGUCAAUGAUCCUGAAAUACUGGGAUAAUUUGAUUCUGGCAUGCUGUUUUGCUAUCACCGCGAUUAUACCAACUUACGUUAGUCUUCCGAGCGUACAAAAAAUGGGGGUGUCAUUCGCGAUUCAAGUUUUGAACACUAUCUACAUCGUGGAUCUUAUCGUGACCUCCUCCACGGCGAUCCAUGAAAACGACGUCGUAUACGCGGACAUAAUCGACAUCAUCUCGAGACGAAUGCACCAGGUCAGCUACUGGGCAGAUUUUGUAUCCGCGCUUCCUCUUGACUGGAUUGCUGCACUUUUCGGAUCCAACGACGAACGGCUUCUAGCAUACUGCAAAUUGAACCGGCUUGUCAAAAUGUACAAGUUCGAAGUCUUUUUUGCAUCUCUUGAAACCCAACUGAUCAUGACCCCGUACAAGCUAAGGGUGAUAAAGUACACCUUCUACAUGAUGAUCGUCACGUACUUAUCUACCGCUUGCAUAUUACUGGUAACCUGCGAACAGGGGAAAUGCGAGUGGUCCGGGUGGCUGCAGACUUUCAUCGCUGGUUCCAACGAGGAUGUCAAGGGCAAAAUUGUCACCGCCGCAUUUCUCUACUCAUCGCAAAUCCUCGUUGGCAUCGGUACAGACGUCGUCUCUCCGAAAGAGAUGCACGAAUACCUCGUUAGCAUCCCCCUCCUGAUCUUAGGUAGUGUUAUUUUCAACUACGUGAUCUCCUCGGUGACUGCCUGUCAGAUACUAGAAGGGUUUACCAAAUCCUGGCUGAGGUUCACCACGAUGAACAUCGCGAUGAUGCUGGACUCUAGCAAAGUGAACAAGUCGAUCCAGAGACGGGUAUUUUGUUACCUCGAGCUGGAGUGGUUGGACAACAAGGCGUACGUUUUGACUUUCGAGCGUCAGAUUUUCGACAACGUCAAGCCAAAAGUGAGGCACGAUCUCCGGGGGGAGCGAUUUUUCUCUUUAUUGGAAGGCUUGGAGAUCUUCAGGGACAUGUCAGAGGAAUGCGUGAACGAGAUCUGUUCGAUUUGCAAGCUGCUUCUUCUGCCGCCUCGAGAAGUCGUCGGGUACAGAGGAACCGAGUGUAGAGAAAUGUACGUAGUGGAAAAAGGUCAUUGCCAGGUGUGGAGGAACGUUGAUAUGGCACCGUUCGACGUCACUACGGGACACACGUUUUACGUCGUCGAGAUGUGCUGCAAUCUCAACAAUUUGCACACCGUAACCACCGUCACUCACGUUUCGAUGGUACGGAUCAUGCUCAAAGACCUCAUGCACGUACUCUCGCAGUUUCCAACAGAGAAACAGAUCCUCGACGAGGUGAUCGGGAAGUUCCUAAAAUCCCUUGAGUUCGUCAGAUUGUCGAACAUCCAGAACAGUAUACCGUCAAAGAACAUGAUGACGGAGAUCAAUGACGAGUGGCAAAAAAUGGAAAGCUCGGCGAGAGUGACGGUGAACCCGACCAUUCAAAAUCGGGGCAACAGAGAAUCCAAACCGAUCGCAAACGAUGUCUCCGAAGAUCGCUCCUGGGAGCAAAUUGUUUUGAUGAAAUUCUUGCUAAAAUCCACGAUAAGUCCCGAUGGAAGAUUCAUAAAGAAUUGGGAAACGAUUCGAUACAUAUGCGCCUAUUUUCUGAUAAUGCUUUACUCCGGCGAAGCAGUUUUCUCUCAAGUGAUUCCAAUGAUCCUGGGAAAAAUCACAAUCUACUUCUUGAACUCGAUGAUGGUAGCUGACUUGUAUGUACGUCUCCACGUUCAGUUUUACAAUUCCCACGGGAUUCUUAUAACUCAUCCAAUUUCAACGGCACAACACUACGUGUACAGCGGACUUCUGGUCGACGUACUCGCUAUAUUUCCGCUGGAACGAUUCUUUAUCGCCGAAGGGGUUCACGAGCUGAACAAAAUUCUGAUGGCGCACAGAAUCGUCGGCGCGAUGCGUUACCAUUACUCUUGGCCGUACGUCUUCAAGUAUGCAACUUGCGUGAUAUUUCUACCUUUGAUAAUCUUGACUAGUCAUGUAUUCGCCUGCGGACUGCUUCAUGAGUUUUGUGACGUCGGAAGUCACGUCAAAGAAAGCGAAAAUUACACGAAAGGGAUCUAUUGUCAUCCCGAUCACGUCCACAUGAAAUACCAAGAAAAGGAGAUGAUCACUCCUACGAAGAUGUACAUUUAUUCUUUUCUCUACGUUAUCGCGACAAUAACCAGAAUCGGGGCGGUUAAUCUUCGGCCCAUGAGGUACGCGGCCAUAAUUUACGUUCUCAUUAUGACCUCGAUCAGUUUUUUGCUCUUGAUGAUCGUCACGACGUACACGGUGUCAACGAUAUCCCGAAGAGAUCCGACCCUCGCCGCCUAUCAGCAGCAGAUGACAAUUUUGAUGUCCUAUCUCAAAGAAAAUAAGGUCCACGUCGAUUUUCGAGACGAGGUCGUGAACUAUUUUGAAUACUUUUGGAUCUUGAGGAGAGGGACUUCCAUUAUGAGACAGAUGCAGUUUUUUCCUUUUGCUUUACAGGAAGAUGUUUUUUGGUGCAUCUAUGGACCUUCUUUGAUCAAGAGUCCUGGAUUUUCGCAACAGAACGAGUCCUUCUUCAGGUCGCUUUACAGGCAUAUAAAGGUGAAAUUUUACACCAAAGGUUCGGAGAUCGUGCCCGUGAAUCUCGUGCACAGUUCGGUCUACUUUAUUCACAUGGGAUGGGCCGAAGCCUUCGGACCUGACGGUACCCGAAUCGCAGUUCUUGGGUGUGGAAGCAUCUUCGGUAAUUUCACCGGUUCUGGAACGAUGCGGCAGACCUGCAGCAUCGUGACUCGCACGCACGUCGAAGCUCUGGUAGUCGAAUCGUCCAACUUCUUCGAUCUUAUUACACGGCACCCAGAGACGAAGAGAAGUUUCCUCGCCUCUAUGGCCUUGAAUACGGACUACCUGAAGGUCGAUUCGGACGCGGAAAUGAUCGAGGUCAUCAAUGACUCCAAGAGAAAGCAAUCGUCGUACAUUUUACUCCCAGAUUCGGCGCUGUUUCAAGCUUGGGAAAUAUUUUCCGAACUUUUUAGUUGUUACUUCGCUUUUGUGGUUUGCUUUUACCACAUUGCCGUUACACAAUUUUCAGGGUAUAUGCUGACUCUACUCUACGUCGUUGACUUGACAUUUCUCAUGAAAACGGUGCUAGUUUUUUUCACCGCUUACGAAGAUGACCUCGGGGAUUACGUCAAGGAUAAGACGCUGAUCGCCGAACGAUUUCGCCAGUCCAAAUACGGUCUCUAUCUCCAUGUGUUCACAGUUAUUCCUUUCGAAAUAUUUUGCAUCUUCGUAAAGAAGAAUCAUCUCAAGUGGGACACCUUGGCGUGGUUGCGGGUGAACCGGGCUCUGAGAAUCAUUCUGGCCAUGAGGUACUUCCAACAAGCCUGCAAUCGUCUGAAUAUCAGAAUAUCGUGUAUGAGGAUACUCUACGCCUUGGUGAUCCUGAUCAGUCUUCUGCACAGUGCAUCCUGCCUGAUGAUAAUAGUUCAGGAAGCCACGAACGACGAUAUGUCGAACCUAGUGGGUCUCCAAAUUUACAUCGAGAAGUUUCACACGGUCUCUGUAAUGUUCGCUGUGACGUCGCCGCACGCCUUCCCGGAGACCUUUUCGGAGGCUUUCUACUUCGUCGUACUCUUCGUCACAUUCUACGUAGCCUACGCCAUUCUAAUUGGGGAAGUUUGUGCCGUCGUAGACGUAAAUAUGUUCAUAAUGAACGAAUACGAACGUAGAAUCACCUUCUUCCGCGAUCGGGUCACGCGCAUGAAUCUGACCUACGUUCUGAGGACGAACGCAUGGCACUAUGGUUCGAAGUUGUGGAAAUUGCGUAGCGGUCAGCAGACUCCUUAUUUACUCAGCGAAGCUCCGCUCUACCUGCAGUACUUGGUUUCCUACGAGAUGUACGCUCAUCAUUUGCUACGGAAUGAAAUUUUUGGCAAACUUCACCAAGAGUUCAUAAGACAGUUGACCUUCCACUUCAAGGACAAUCUCUUCUUUCCGGGCGACCGGAUAGUAAACAUCGGAGAUAUCGACGAAACUGUUUAUUUUAUCCUCAAGGGUUCCGUCAACGUUUCCGAACGUCCGGACCGAUUCAAAGUUGUUGCAGAAAAUGAAGAAGUACGCGUGGAGACUCUCGGACCGGGGAAAUGCUUCGGAAUUGUUCAAGGACUCUACGAAAGGGUUCCACACACCGCUACCUACACCGCAAAGACGACCACGCAUAUUAUAUACCUCUACAGAGCGCGUUGGAUUUAUCUUCUAAAAUAUUUUCCAGUGACGACUCUCAAUUUGUACGAAGCAGCCAGCGAAAUCAUCCGGACUCACGAACUGGAGAUCGAAGUUUAG